CACUCUCUCCUCCUGACCGCUGCCCUAACCGGUCCAUCCGGUUAACCAUCGAUUCUCAUCCUCUCUAUAUAGAGUAACCCCCCCUCAACUCGGUCCUCUCUCUCUCUCACAUCAAAACCAUUCUCAGAACAUCACAAGCCAACCACUGAUGAGGUAGGAAAAAAAAUGGCUUCUGGGUUGGAACCGGUACCGCUUACUUCGCAAAAACAUGACCCUGCUUGGAAGCAUUGUCAAAUGUUUAAAAAUGGGGAUAGGGUUCAGCUCAAGUGUACGUAUUGUGGGAAAAUUUUUAAGGGUGGUGGGAUUCAUAGAAUUAAAGAACAUCUCGCGGGUCAAAAGGGUAAUGCGUCAACAUGUCUGAGAGUUCAGCCUGAUGUUCGGCUUUUAAUGCAAGAGAGCUUGAAUGGGGUUGUGGUGAAGAAGAGGAAGAAACAGAAAAUUGCAGAAGAGAUGACUAGUUUUAAUCCAUCUACUAGUGAGGUAGGCACUUUUACGAAUCCUUGUGGGUUGAAUACCGAAGUCACAUUGGUUGCGGUUCCUGAAACAGUUGAACCGAAUCCAACUUUCUCAGUGAAUCAAGAAGAAGAAAUAAGCAACAAAGGUGCGGGUAGAAAGAAAAAAGGGAGAAUUAGAAAAGCUUCUCGUUCUGCAACUUCAAAUGCCCUUGCUGUAAUUAAUAAUAAUAAUAAUAAUACUUUAGUAGGUUCGAAAAGGGGAAACAAUCAAGUUAGUAUGGCAAUAGGUCGGUUUUUUUAUGAUGUUGGGAUACCUUUAGAUUCAGUGAAAUCAGUUUAUUUCCAACCAAUGGUUGAUGCAAUUGCUUCACAAGGAGUGGGGGUUGUAGCUCCCUCUUAUCACGAUCUUCGCAGCUGUAUUUUGAAGAAUUCGCUUCAAGAAGUGAGGAAUGACAUUGAUCAAUGUGUGGGGACGUGGGCAAAGACUGGUUGUUCUGUUUUGGUUGAUGAAUGGGUCUCAGAGAAAGGUAGAACGGUGGUGAACUUUUUGAUGUACUGUCCCGAAGGAAUAACAUUUUUGAGGUCUGUGGAUAUAUCUGACAUUAUGAAUUCCCCUGAUGCCCUUUAUGAAUUGCUCAAGGAAGUGGUGGAAGAAGUUGGAAUGAGAAAUUUGUUGCAAGUGGUUACUAAUACUGAAGAUCGAUAUGUUGUUGCUGCAAAAAGGUUGACCGAUGUUUUGCCUACUGUUUUUUGGACUCCUUGUGCAGCUCAUUGCAUUGAUUUGAUUCUUGAGGAUUUCAAAAAGCUUGAGUGGAUAAACACGAUAAUUGAGCAAGCUAAAUCUAUAUCGAGAUUUAUAUAUAACCAUAGUGUUGUUUUAAAUAUGAUGAGAAGGUAUACUUUUGGUGUUGAUUUAGUGGACGUGGGAGCUACCUGCUUCGCAACAGACUUUACAACACUGAAACGAAUGAUGAAUAUCAAACACAAUUUGCAAUCCAUGGUUACUUCAGAGGAGUGGAUGGAGUGCCCAUAUUCAAAGAAGACAGAGGGAUUUGCAAUGUUAGAUCAUAUUAGCAGUCAGUCAUUUUGGUCAUCAUGUGUCUUAAUUGUCCGUUUAACAGAUCCACUCUUGCGACUUUUAAGGUUGGUCGGCAGUGAGAAGAGGCCUGCAAUGGGGUAUGUUUAUGCAGGAAUUUAUCGAGCAAAAGAAUCAAUUAAGAAACAACUUGUUGAUAAGAAAGAUUAUUUGGUUUAUUGGAAUAUUAUAGAUCACAGGUGGGGGAUACUACAGCGUCACCCUCUUCAUGCUGCUGGUUUUUACCUCAACCCCAAGUUUUUCUACAGUAUUGAAGGAGAUGUACAUCAUCACAUUCGAUCGUCAGUGUAUGAUUGCAUAGAGAAGUUGGUUCCUGACGUAAAAAUCCAGGAUAAAAUAGUGAAAGAGACGACGUCAUACCACAAUGCUGUUGGGGAUUUUGGGCGGAAGAUGGCAAUUAGAGCAAGAGACGCUUUACUUCCUGAUGAGUGGUGGUCUACAUAUGGAGGGGGAUGCCCGGAUUUGGCUCGUUUGGCCAUCCGUAUUCUCAGUCAAACUUGCAGUUUGAUCUUGUGUAAACCAAAUCGGAUCUCUAUUCAACAAAUGCACGAAACAAAAAACUGCCUCGAGCAUCAAAGGCUUAGUGACCUUGUUUUUGUACACUACAACUUGCAACUGCGGCAAAUGGUUUGUAAGAACAAAGAACAGGAUUCAGUUGAUCCGAUUUCCUUUGAGAACACCGGUAUUGUUGGUGACUGGGUUAUGGAGAAGGAAGGAUGCUCGGAGGCCUUUGGGAGUAUAGAUUGGAUGACAGUUGACCCACCCUUGGGCAACACAAUGCUUCUAGGACCAUCAACUGAUGAUGUUGAAGACUUGGGUACAGGGUUUGAUGAUGAUGAAAUUUUUGAAGGAGUGAAAGAUGGUGAAGAGAAAGUAGUAGUAGGGCAAUAGAAUGCUGCAAAAAAUGCUCUGCAUUGUAAUUAACCCCUAUCACGAUCCCAUUACACCUCAAAUUGGAAUGAGGAAUUGAUUAGCCAAUAGUCAUAGACUACCAAAGGCUUAACAGAACAAAACCUGUAGUACUGAGGAAAAAAAUAAUAAGAAUGCUUGUGUAUGAUUAGAGUUUAUGUAUCUUUUACUUUGUUGAAAAACAGGAGGUUUGAUAGUUUGACUCUGACAAA